UUAUUUCUGGAGGAUUUUAUUCCGGCAUUUGGUAGAACUAGUUCUCAUGUUGGCAACACUGGUUUCGUUUUCGCGCCCAAAACACCACCGAAAAAUUCCGACGGAAAUUGUUUUGUUUAUCUCUCGUUUUGACAGAAUCACUUUGAUUUUGCUCUUUUUGAGUUUAUAUCGCCAAAUCGAACCAAUUAACGUUAAUAUGGAUAUGCAAAAAAAGAAUAAUUUAAUUUGUCAAUAUUGUGAAAUGGAACUUUCAAGUACAUCUGCUAAAAAUAGACAUGUCCGGACCAAACACUCGGAUCAAGACUUGGGUUCUACAUCACAACUGCCGAAAAGAAACAAGCAUAUUAUAUGUCCGAUAUGCAAUGAAGCUACUUUCUCAUAUCAUAAGGAUCUAAUUGAACAUUUUACUGGUGUUCAUAACAUAGCUAUAAAAGAAUCCACUUUAUAUUUCAGGAAUUUUAAUGAGUUUACAGUUUGGAGGGCAAUGGAGAACAGAGAAGUGGAUUAUGCUUGCCUCACGGGAAGAAAAUAUCCUGAUGGUGAAGAAAAAAAAAUAUAUGACUGUAACAGAAGUAAUUCGAAAGGAUAUGUCAGUUCUGCUAAAAAACGCGGUUUAAAGGCUGGGGGUAGUAUUCGAAUUCAAGGGAAAUGUCCUUCAAGAAUUGUGGUUAAGAUUUCGGCAAAUGGUUCUGUUACCGCAAAUUUUGUAGAAACUCAUGUGGGGCACAUUGAUGAACUUAGGACAAAGCGACUAUCAAAAGCCGAACAAAGUGCCAUUGUUGGACAACUAAAAGCAGGGGUGUCGAUUGAUAGGGUAAUUGAAGAUUCCAAAAUAAUUAAAAAUGAUAAAUUAGGAAGAAUAAACCUCCUAACAAGAGCAGAUCUAGCAUAUAUAAUAAGGAAAUUCAAAAUUGACAGAAGGAAAGAUGCAGAUGACAUUAUAGCUACAGCACUGAAAGUAGGUCCCUCAAGUUCUGAAGAGAGUAAUGGUUUGUUUAUUGAUGAGCCUUCGACAAGCCAGGACGAAGUAUUUAUUCAAGAAACCAAGCCUGAUGUAAAACCAAUUACGUUUGAAGAUGAACGAGAGAUCGUCAUACAAGAAAUGAACAGUUUUGCUCGCGGUUUGGACGAACAAUCGUUUAACGAAUACGCGGAGAACUUUAGAAAAUUCAAAACCGAUUGGGAACGACAAAAUUCCGAGGAAACUUUUAAGGAAAUAAAAAUAGAAGAGCCAACAUUCAUGUAAAAAAUAGGACAUAGUUUUGGUUUUGAAUAAUUACGCAUUCCGCCCUUACUUCCUAAGAAGUCCCAGAAGCCAACUGAAUGGCUUGUGCGGGUUAGGGGUAGGAACGGACCGCGGGCUUAAAGUCCCCUCCGAAGGACUAUAGUAAGUAUAUACAAUAAAUCUAAUGCUUUUGUAAUGUUUUUUAUUUUACGAUUAGUUUUUUUGCAAAAACCAAUACUACUUAGUAAUAUUGGGACAUUUUUUUUCAUAGAGGCUAUUGUUCAGUUUGGAAGUAAUUUCCAACGUACUUCUGUUAUAAAAUGUAAUGGACAUCAAAAUUUGAGAUUUUUUUAAUACAUGUAUGUUUUUUAGGGCCGAAACCGAUGCAGG